AUGGCCAUGGCAGCCGCCACCGCGACUGCCAGCAUUUUGCUCUUUGCUCUCUUCUUCGCCGGAGCUCACGCCGAGCCGGCUGAGCUCCCAUGCGCGCAACCCGCAUGCAAGACGGUGGGCGGCGGGAGCCAGUUCUUCGACGUGCAGUUCUGCCUGGCGGCACUCGGCUCCGACGGCCGGAGCAUCAGCCACUGCAUGGACUACCAGGCCUACUCCGUCAUCGCCGCUGACCUCCUCAAGGCCAACGUCACCGCCACGGCGGCCAAGAUCGACGGCCUGCUCCGGGACAGCGGCGCCGGCGCCGGUGGCAGAGAUGACGGUGGCGACGAGGCCACAGCGCGCUGCCUCCAGUCGUGCCAGGCGCUGUACGGCGGCACGGUGCGGAGGCAGCCCAGCUGCGCAGCCGCCGUCCGGGGCGUCAGGAAGGGCGAGGCGACGAGGUGCCUGGAGGAAGCCGCCGCCGCGGCCAAGCAGUGCGAGGACGGGUUCCGGAGGAGCAAGGUGGCGUCGCCGGUGACGGCGGAGAACCAGAACGCGUUCAUGCUCGCCAAGCUCACCGUCGCGCUGCUCGGCGAGGUCUAUGCUAAUAAAUGA